AUGGCGCCUGUCAACGUUGUGAUUGUUGGAGCGUCCUACGCGGGGCUUAGCAUCGCCCAUUCCGUACUUGAGCUCCCUGAGGUUAAAGUGGUGUUGAUCAACCCGGCCACUACUUUCUUCUGGAACAUCGCCGCGCCCCGCAUCGUCGCAAAGGCCAAGGCUUUCAAGCCGGAGCAGUAUCUGCUUUCGAUUGCCGAUGCAUUCAACAAAUACCCGGCUGAAAAUAUCGAAUUCAUUCCGGGCACUGCGACUGCUGUCGACGUUGCUGCUAAGACUAUUUCAGUGACUCCCAAUGAGGGCGACGCCAGGUCAGUAUCGUAUGACCAUCUCGUUAUCGCUUCCGGAAGUACUACUACUUCGACCACUGGCGAGAUCACCGGCUUCUCUAUCCCAUUCAAGCAGUCCAAUCGCGAUGAUGUGAAGCAGCUGAUUGAGGCGGCCCAACAGAAGAUUGCCACUGCCAAAGAGAUUGUUAUUGGUGGUGCUGGCCCUAUUGGUGUCGAACUAGCUGGUGAGCUGGCAGAUGUGGUGGAGCAGAGUGGCAGCGCGCCAACGAUUACCCUGGUCUCCGCGACGGAUCGCGUGCUUCCGAUGCUCAAAUCCUCGGGCAGCUCCGCCGCGUCGAAGAUGUUGAAGGAGAAAAAUGUCAAGGUUGUUACAUCUACACGAGUAACCGGCGCGGAGGCAUCAGGCGACGCAUGGACGGUUUCCCUGGACAACGGCGACAAGCUCUCUGCCGACCUGUACAUCCCCACGACGGGUGUAAUUCCCAACAACAGCUUCAUUCCGGAGCAAUUCCUGGAUAAGGAAGGUUGGGUCAAGGUUGACAAGGAGAUGCGCGUGGAGUCAUCGAAGAACAUCUAUGCUGCCGGCGACAUCACCAACAACUCGAUGCGCCUGUCAUUCAAGGCUGCUGAACAAGCCAGCGUGGCGGCCAACAAUCUCAAAGCGGAUAUAUUGGGCAAGGGCGAGCGCAAGAACUUUGACCAAGGCGAGAGCAUCAUGAUGGUUGUCCCGAUUGGCGCGUCGGGUGGUACUGGGCUGGUCUUCGGCUUCACGCCCUUCAGUUUCAUGGUGAAGAUGAUCAAGGGCAAGGACUACUUCAUCUCCAAGGCAGCAUCUAUGGUUGCCGGGAAGGCAUAG